CUGAGCUGCAUUCCAGUAGUUUGGCCGACCGCCGCGCGGCGUUACGUGUAUUCCGGCUGUUUGCGACGCCCGCUCUUACCACAAAGAACGCUUCAGUAUUGUAAAAAAUCUGUGAUGUAUUGAUUAAUUCCAACAUUUUACCAACACAAAAACCGUCGGCGAACUAAAUUGGACUCGAUUUGGACACGGUGUGCGUUGUUUAAGUGAGCUUCUCUAGCGUUUUACUGCGGGCCACGUCCUAUGGAAUUCCACAUUUAUCGAUGAAUAGAAUCUAGUGUGUGGACCGAACAUGGUGGACUUUACGGUGCGAUGUUGAAUGCGUACGGAUUGUUCGUGUUUUCUGUGUUAAAUUCCUAUAUUUUUUAGUGUGAAAUUGUGAAUUUUGUGUCUAUAAAUAUGGAUUGGUAUGCGAAUGCUUAAAACGCUACCCAGGAGGGAUAGAGUUUGCGUCGGAUAAUGAGAGUUGGUGAACGAUAAACAGUAAGAAUGGUAUCGUACGGCUACUUCGGGCUUCGGCAAGCUCCGUGGACACUGCUCGUCCUCAUCUUUUUCGUCGAAAGCGUGAUGGGGAAUUACGCAAAAUCUUUCUAUAUACAUUGGAACACAACAAACAGUAUAUUCAGAAUAGACAAUACCGAUCACGUAUUCGAUCUAAAUAAAGGAAAUGCACAGUUUGAAUACGACCAAGUAAACAUAAUAUGUCCUGUUUACGCACCGGAUACAUUCGAAGAAGACAUGGAAAAGUAUAUAAUAUAUAAUGUAAGUAAAGAAGAAUAUGAUUCGUGUCGAAUAACGAAUCCAAAUCCACGGAUUAUAGCAAUAUGCGAUAAGCCGAACAAGUUGAUGUUUUUCACCAUCACCUUCCGGCCAUUCACACCGCAACCCGGCGGUUUAGAAUUUCUACCGGGGAAGGAUUAUUAUUUUAUAUCAACAUCCAGUAAAGAUGAUUUACACAGAAGAAUCGGCGGCCGAUGUCUAAGUCAUAACAUGAAGCUAGUGUUUCGUGUGUGCUGUAAGCCGGAGGAGCAGUCGCCCGUGCCGCCGCCGCAGCCUACCCUGCCUCCUCCGCCACCGCCCCCGACAGCCCCGCCAACGACCACUACAACCACGACCGUCAAACCGGUCACUAAAAAGACGCACAAGUACGAUAAGACACCUAACGAAGUGGUGAAGAGCGAGGAGCUUUCAUAUUCGCGCGGCGCAGCGUUGGCUUCGUCGCUCGCCCUCGCCCUCGCAGCGAGCGCGGUUUUAGCGCCCCUGGCUCGGUGAAUGUGCGCCAAGGCGGCGCGGCCCCCGCGUCCCGACCUGCUGGCGAAGCCCUGCUCAGCUCACAGUACACAAACUCUACAAUCGCUCCACUUGCGCCCGGACACUUUAGUCUUCACGUAAAUCAGUUUAAGAUAGUGCUGAAAACUAUGUGGUGAACUGUAGGUUAGUGACGGGUCUAGUGACGUUCUUGUGAUCUGUUAUUGUGUGUAAAAGGAUUUUCUUUUAGUACUUAGUGCUGUGAGAGCAGGAGCUGUGGUUUGGUGUCGGGGGUCGAUGUCCGUUAAGUGCAGUGACUUUGUAGAUUUGUGCAAAAUUCCUAGGUAUUUCUAUAAAGUUCCAAUGACUUUAGUCCUUAAGGAACCUAAGUCGAGAGCCUAAUUUUUACUAUUGUAAUUAAAGUAUAUUGGGCCUACUGAAUAAUCGAACUAAUAUAUUAUACACUUGAAGAUCGAUUCGUAGAAACGCAACCUGCGAACGUAUAUAUAAAAAUGUUAACAUGUGUAAUGGUAAUAUAGAUUUCUUAAACCAUUAGGAAUUAAACAAUUUUUAUAUUUUCACUAAUGCAAUGAAGGAUAUUUGACUAAGAAUUAGUAUGCAAAAUACAGAUAUUAUAGGAGAAGUCUUAUAUAGUUGAUGAGAAUUAGUUAGAUCUUAAUUUAGUUCAAAAGACAGUUUUUUUUUAUUAUUUUUCAUGCGACGUAUAUUUAGAAUUUAUUUAUACGAAAAAAAAAAUGCUCGGACAAGUUAAGAAUCUUGUCCAGAAAAUACUGUGAUUUUGGUUUUAUUUAGGUGGUAAUUUUUCUCUUUAUGCUUUCAUUAUGUGAUAUGAAACUAAUUGUAUUUAAUGUAAAAGCAUUUUUUUCAAUAUUAUUUCUUUUCUCGACUGAUUUUCGCGAAUACGCUUGUUCUUAUAAUUUUAUAAUGCAGUAUUUAAGGGCCUAUUCACAAUCACGAAUAUUAUUUAAGAGAGAAUAAUUAUUGAAUUGCUUGAGGUUUGGAUGGACCGAAUACUUGCGAUAUAGAAAUCUGAUGGUUUCUAUAUUGAGUGUUGUUACGUUAAAAAUCCCAGUACCAUCAGGGGUUUGGAUGUUAAUGAAUUUUGUAAUGAAUUCAUAGAAAUAUUUUCCAUCGUCUUUGAAAAAGACAUUAUAAGCACAGUUGGCUGGAGUGCCGUUUGCUGAAUGUGUUUUAAGAAUGAACUUGCACAUUGUAAUGAAAUAGUCAAAUAGUUGAAUAGUAGUUGAAAUAGACCGGUUUUCAGUUAGACAUACGCAUUUAGUGACAGGAAUAUAAUUUUAAAUAGUACUUAAGAAUCGAAUGAUUGAGUUUCAUAUUGUAUUGUAUCAGAACAUACUACUGAAAAGCAAUCGUCUGUUUUUAAAAAUAUUGUGACUGAAUGAAAUGAUUUCCAUUUUUCACUUAUCCAUUCUUAAAACGAAUUCUAUUCCGAAAACAAAAACGAAGAUAAACAAAUCUAAAAAACAAUGCUUAAAACUAAACAAAUACUGAGUUAUUAGUGAAAAAUAAUUUGUAUCUUUUGGAUAAUCGAAUUCUAGUUUCGCAAAAGAUAAUCUUUCUCUGAAUUUAUUAGUGCUAUACUUAUUCAUCUUGUACCGUACUUCUCAGCACAUUUACUCUAUAUUAUAAAUAUUUAACUGGUUCAAGUAACAAAGGCAUCCGUUACGAAGCAAAAAGUUCUGAGUUUAAAGGACUUCAGUUUCGGUACUAACCUAUGUAAAUUUAUUCCCUGGGAAGAAAGGAAAGAUUCUACUCUAAAAUAAAACUAAAGGAAAAAAUUAUGCUUCUCGAGUCGAAGGGGAAUUAAUGCUAAUGAAUUCGUAACUGAUUCAAGGUAGCUAAAUGCGCAAGUUUCAAUUGAAACAUGAAGAAUAAGAAAAUGUACGGACAAUUUUUAAAACAAUGUAACUCGAGGAACUGGAUCAUUUUAUAGAUUUUGUGCUACAAGAAUCAUUAAACUAGAGUUGGUAUGUAC